AUGGCUUCAGAAGCUGACGCUUCAGAGUUUUCUUCCUUAUUUGAGAGGAUGGUGAGGAACAGAGACUUCUCUCUGUUCUUACCUUUCAUCUUCGGUCUCCCAAACGGUGUCGUUCAAAACCCAGACUCGCAAGAUCAAGAUAGAGAAAACGACAGCGUACCAACUUCUGGCGGUGACGGUGACAGAGUCAUUCUGAUCAAUCCCUUCACUCAAGGCAUGGUCGUGUUCGACGGGGUUUCGAGUUUCGAUUCCCUUCUGCGGGAUUUGGGUAACAAGGAUGGUCAACCACCGGCUUCCAAGGCGUCCAUAGAGGCUAUGGCAAGUGUUGUGAUUUCUGAUGAUGAUGAUGAUGAUGGUGAGACUGGGGAGUGUGUGAUUUGCUUGGAUGAAUUUCAAGCUGGUGGGGUUGCUAAAGAGAUGCCAUGUAAGCAUAGGUUUCAUGGGGAUUGUAUAGGAAAGUGGUUGAAGCUUCAUGGGUCUUGCCCUGUCUGCAGGUUUAAGAUGCCUGAGGAGCAAGAAGAUAUGCGGAAGAAGAGAGAUCAGGAAGAAGAAGAAGAAGAAGGUGGUAGCAGAGAUGGGAGAAGGAGAGAGAUUUGGAUUAGUUUCUCUAUCAGAAGUAGGAGUAGUGAAAAUUCUUCAAAUCAAACACCUUCAAACGAUUCUGAUGUUGAGGGUUCUGAUGCAUCCUCAAAUCCAGUAGUUGAUCAUGAAUGAAACUCAUGGUUAAAGAAAUUUUUUGUGAAAAAAAUUAUUCAUUUUUUUCUUCCGUUGUACAGUGGAAACAUUUUUUCAGUGUUAAGUUUAGUUUGAAUUGAAUGAUGUUAAUUUGUUUAUUUGUUUAUUCCCCUAGGAUUUUUUUUUUUAUUAUUUUUUAUCAGAAUUUGCUGUAAGUUUAAAGGUUGAUUUAAGUUGAAAAGCAGAUACUUACUAUAUUGUAUUUGUAUCAAAGAUUGGACUAUAAUAUUACAUGUAGAUUUAUAAUA